AUGUGGCUGGUGCGCCGCUGGAGUGGCGAUUGGCCUGAGAUGUGCUAUAUGAUGGCCUUGAAGAUGUUCAAGGCAGUGGAGCGCCCGUGCAAAGAUUGCGAUUGCAGAGAUGAGACGAUGUUUGAUUUUGACGGCACCACGUUCCAUAACACGAAGUUCGUUAGGAACACGCACGAAAUUAUAGACAGUGAAUGGCGCAAACAAUUGGUGCCAGUAGCAAUCAGCACACAAAUCGAGAAGGAUACCCUCAUCAAUUCUAUGCAGUAUUUUAAGAUUUGGCCUUACGGUUACCGCGUCACUAGGGCCGUGCGCAUCGGUAACGUUGAGCUCCAGCGAAUGGAUAAGGUCUUGUGCAACUACGCGUUGCUAGAUAUAGGUGCUAUGAUAUCGAUACCUGUGCCGUGCAUCCUCAUGUUUUUGCAGGCCUGCGAAGAUGUCUGGUCUCACGGGUUGCUCGAUGCUGUGGAGCGUCGACGGCGCGCAUAA